GAAUAAUAGAAAGAUAAGUAGAACUUAAAUCUCGAGGCUCCAUAUUUUCUAUUCAAUUGUUGACGUUGCAAUCUGGUUGAAGGGCAAGAUCUGUUGUACAUGGAACUGAAACUUUUUCCUUGUUGAUGAUGAAAAUGUUGAUUAGUCUAUAUACGUGUGUGUCUGUGUGUUUUGUGUACGCCUGUGUGUAUUGCAAAGAUUAUAUCAAUAUCCCCUCCCAAACUUUCAUCUCUUUUCCUACAGGAUAUUCUCUUAUCUUGCUUUUUAAAUACUAUUGCCUAUUUCAUUCUUAUCCAUACCAUACGUUCUUUAGUAUUGUCCACUUUGUAUGACAUGCAAGCAACCCCAACACUGACCUCUAAUGCAACCACAAGCUUAAGUAUAAGAAGUUUGAACCCUUUGUCUUAGCAAACCAAGCCAUUCAGGUUUGUAUCCUAGGCUAAAGAAAGACAAGACAAGUAGGUGGGAAGUGUGUAAAGUCAAAGCAAGUUUAGUGUAGAAGUUCCAUAUCAAAUAUCUACAGGAUCCACCUUUUGAAGAGGAAGAAAUGGUUAUGAUCAUGAUGGUUAGUGAAGCACCAAUUGGGACACCACACUAGUUCAUCCAUAAGAUAUGAGUACUGGAGUUGGUCGUGACCGUCGUGGAGGUUCUAGCAGCGCAGCAUCAUCUUGCGCAUCAUCGACAUUACCAGCAUCCUCUUCAGAUGUAGAGUUAGAGCCAACAUCAUCUGAGAUACUUUCAAGCAAUGACAAGAGGAUACCACUUUUGAGGAUGCCCGGAGGGGAGUUAGCACUUCACAAGGACUUUUCGAGUGUGAUCACCAAAACUUUCACGAGGAUUCCAAACCCGACAGGUAUUAAUUGGAAGGCUACUCCAGAGGAUGUCAAGAAUCAGUAUUUUGAGGAGUUUCGAAAAAGGUACUCAUGGGAUGAGAGCUGGGAGGAUGAGGUGCGCCACCUUUGGGAAAAAAGGGCGAGUAUCAUGUUCCCUGACUUUCUAUACGAUGUCAAGGUAUGUAGGAAACCCAAUGGUGAGGGGAAGAGGAAGCUGGGGUACAUUUGUGAUGAUCAAUGGAAGAUGUCUCAUCUACAUUCACAAAAUAUUGAUACUCGGUUUGAAGAGAUUCAUCAGCAGCUUCAGGAGAUACGAGAGCAUAGACUCCAAUCACUUCAGGAGGGGCGCGAGCAUAGACUUCGAAUGGAGGAGUCACUUCGGGUAAUGCAAGAGCUAGUACAACAAUUCAUAAGGUCUCAACAGUCGAGGAGCAGCGGCUCAGGAGGGCCCGACUUUCCAGGCGACAACCUUUAGCCUUGAUAUAUUUUAUUUAGUAACUUUUGAUACAUUAUUAUGAUAUUUAAAUAUGGACGCAUUGUUGGAUAUUGAACAAUAUUGAAUGAAUUUUAAAUUAUGUUUAA